AUGGCCGCCAACUUCGACCCGCCCAGCACGCUGAAGCCCGCCCAGGUCGCGGCGGCGAUGAUUGAGCAUGGCGUCGUGAAGCACCGGACCCGCGCAGACGUCGUGUUCUUCAAGGCGGUCGCAGCCGGCGUGAUGCUCUCCUUCGGAGGCCUGCUUUCUGAGAUCGUGUCGGGCGGUUCGGCAGGGAUCAACGCCUCCAACCCGGGCCUGGUCAAGUUCCUCGGGGGAGCCGUCUUUCCCGUGGGUCUGAUAAUGAUUGUACUUCAAGGACAAGAACUAUUGACGAGCAACAUGAUGAUCUAUCCAAUGGCAUGCAUCAGAGGUGCAGUCCCAUGGUGGGGACUGCCCUACAAUUGGCUCAUCGUCACUUUCGGAAACCUGUGCGGGAGUCUGUUCUUCGCGUCUGUGUUGACCAAAUACACCGGUAUCAUCUCCACGCCACCGUACAACGCGUACGCUGUCACGUUCGCCAUGCACAAGGCGGUAGAGCCGGAGUGGCACCAGAUAUUCUUGCGUGGGAUCGGCUGCAAUUGGCUGGUUUGCGUGGCUGUCUGGCAAGCCGCAGGGGCGCGCGACACGCUUUCGAAGAUCGUGGCGCUGUGGGUCCCAAUUAUGAUUUUCGUCACCUGCGGGUACGACCACGUUGUGGCAAACAUGUUCUCCGUGCCACUUGGGAUCCUAUUCGGCGCGGACCUCACCGUCGCAGGGUACAUCCGGAAAUCGCUCAUCGCCGCGUACCUCGGCAACAUCAUUGGCGCCCUCCUUGUCGCCCUCCCAGCGCUGUACUUCUUCGCUCCCCAGUACACGCCCGCCGGUGCGCUGCGCCAGGUCGAGGAGGGCGAGGGCUUCAACGGCGGUGCUGGGCCCUCAACGGGCGCGCGCGGGAGCUCUUCCGAGGAGAACGUGAACGAGAAGCGCCCGGCGGACGUCUACGAGGUUGACAGCAAGCGCUCGCAGUAG